CGCUUACCCUCGCGGUAGCUGACCGCUCGGAGGCUCGGCAGAUAACUGUCGCGCCCAUCUGUCACCCGCGACUAUGUCUGGAACGACGACGCCGUCCUUGCCAGGUGACUAUGGCUCUAAACCUCCUUCUCCCUACUCAGAGAAUAUCCCGAGCAACCUGCAUCGCGCUCACUCUCGCUUGGAGUUUCCGCCUGUCUACGUCGUCGUAGGUAUAUAUCGGCUGGUCACCGAUGAAAAGCUGUUCAAGCCAGCCUGGAAGAAGUGCGAGCAUGGCCUCGUGAGGGGCAUGACUAUCGGCGUCGUGUGGGUUGCAACGACGUUCAAGAUACAAAGGUUUGCCGUUCGGACGUUCAUGAUGCACUCCUCACGAGUAACAGGACUCUCUGGAGAGGCCGUCUUUGGCUUCCAUGUCCCAUUCGAUCUGCCUACCUAUGCCACUGUCUUCUUCAUCUCUACGCAGCUCACUGUGAUCAUCUCCUACUUCAUCUCGCACGGACUGCGCGUCGCCCGCGAGCGCGCGUACAAUCAGACGAUCGAGUCGCGUGCGAAGGGCUCGGAGUUCUGGCAGCCAUAUGUCGAGGAGUGGGACGAGCCGCCGAAGGUCAGCAAGGGCGUCCGGUGGACCCAUGUCUUGGGCAGCGGCUUCAGCAGGUUUGCCAUAAGAUUGCUGCUCUUCAAUGUGGAGACGGUGCCGCUAUUUGGGAUUAUGGUGUCUGCUUGGCUUCGGGCGCUGGGGACUGCAAGGUACCUCCACAAGCCAUAUUUCCAGUCGAAGGCCAUGACCUCGGAACAGGUUUCAACCUUCAUCGAAGAGCGGAAGUGGGAUUACAGAGCGUUUGGUUUCGCUGCUGCACUUCUCGAGCGUAUUCCUAUCGUCGGGCUUGUAUUCUCUGUCUCUAAUCGCAUCGGAGCCGCCAUGUGGGCUGUUGAUCUGGAGAAACGCCAACACUAUGUUGCGGAGGUGAAGGCAGCGAAGACGGGGCAGGUUACAUCAUCGUUGUGAGUGUACUGCAGGCACACAUAUUGUACAGUACAGUCGGUCUAGAUCUACUACAGAUUGAGCUCCUGAGCUGAUGGCUCGAAGAUGACUGUGUUGACAUGCUUACAGAGUGGUGACAACUCUAAUACAUGCAGUUGGCCCCA